AUGGCUGCAAAAUUCCAGCCAUCUGCAAUUCUCUGUCUAUUCUUUAUAUUCAUCAUUUCUUCCAUUCCUCAAUCCACUUGUCAAUCCAGUUCUCCUCAAAACAUCGAAACUCGAUAUCCAUAUUCUCCUCCUCCACCUCCUCGUCCGGCUGAUGAUCAGCCUAUUAGUCCUCCACCAAUACCAAAUCCACUUCCAUUGCAACCAGAUGCCCCGCCAGGAAAAUCAUCAUCCAAAAAGGCAGUUGCAAAAGCAGUGGCUGCCACUGCUGCUGGUACUCUUGUUUUAUCCGGGCUUCUUUUCUUCUUACUCCUAAGGCGAUCGCGUCGAAAGAGGGAGAGAACUGAAGUCAAUCUCUAUGCUGAGAAUCCUGUAGUGCCUCAGCCUCGAAAUGAUUUUACGCCGUUUGAUGGUAAUUUGAAGGGGGUGAUUGUUGAUGAGAAUGGAUUGGAUGUGCUUUACUGGAGAAAUUUAGAAGGGGGAGAAAAGAAAAGAAGUUUCAAAAAAGAAGUCUAUCAGAACUUGAAAUAUGAUCAAGAAAAUGAAGAAGAAAAAAGAAUCAUCAGUGGAGAUGAUAGAAAUAAGAAAUAUGAAUCACCUAUUCAUGAAACUCCUUUGCUCAGAGGAAAAUCUUCAACCUCUCAGAGUGCUGUUUGGAUUGAUAAGGAGGAUUCAAGAAUAAAGAAAGUACCUACACUUUCAUCUGGAAUGGCUGUGGAAAAGCAAAAUUCAUUAAGCCAAGUUGUGAAACAUUCAGCACCGCCAGCACCUCGGCUGCCGCCAACAAAUAUUGAGGCAGUUCCGAAGGCAGAAAAGGCUGCACUACCACCACCACCUCCGCCUCCUGUUCCAUCAAAUACAAUUCCUUCUCCACCACCGCCGCCUCCUCCGGUUCCAUCAAAUUUAGGUCCUUCUCCCCCACUACCGCCACCACCUAAAGCAAGUGGAGUAGUUUCAUCAUUGAAACCCCCGGCACCGAAGGGAAUGUCUAGUGGCAAUCAGCGUUCUUCCUCGUUGGGAGAAGGCACGUCGAGCAAUGAGAAUGGAAAGGUGAAACUGAAGCCCUUGCACUGGGAUAAGGUGAAUCCAAAUGUGGAGCAUUCCAUGGUCUGGGACAAAAUUGAUCAAGGCUCUUUCAAGUUUGACGGAGAUCUUAUGGAAGCUCUCUUUGGAUAUGUGGCCACCAACCGAAAAUCUCCUCGACAAGACAGUAAUUCAACAAGCCCAAGAGGGGAUAGAUCCGGUCCAGCCUCCCGGAUUUUCAUUCUAGACACCAGAAAGUCCCAAAACACCGCAAUUGUACUCAAAUCACUUGGCGUUUCGCACAAAGAAAUCGCCGAUGCCCUUGUUAAAGGUGAUGGCCUAAAUGCAGAUACGCUUGAAAAGCUCACGAAAAUCUCUCCAACGGAUGAAGAAAGGUCUAAAAUCCUCGCGUUUGAUGGAGAUCCAACAAGACUUGCUGAUGCAGAAUCCUUCCUCUACCACCUCCUCAAAGCUUUUCCAUCUGCCUUUACUCAUAUCAACGCCAUGCUUUUCAGAUCAAACUACUACACAGAGAUUACGACCCUCAAGGAAUUGUUGAAAUCACUCGAAUCAGCUUGCUAUGAGCUUAGAAAUCGAGGGCUCUUCUUGAAACUUUUGGAAGCAGUGCUUAAGGCAGGGAAUCGCUUGAAUGCAGGGACGUCAAGAGGAAAUGCUCAAGCAUUCAACCUUACAGCUCUUAGAAAACUAUCCGAUGUCAAAAGCAGCGAUGGAGCAACAACUUUGCUUCAAUUCGUCGUCCAAGAAGUAGUACGGGCUGAGGGAAAACGCUGCGUGCUUAACAGAAAUCGCAGCAUGAGUCGAACAAAUAGCCAAAACUCAAAUCCUGUAAACCAAAGUUCAGAUAAUUUGGUACCACAGGCUGAUAGAGAAAAGGAAUACAUGAUGCUGGGAUUGCCUGUGAUAGGAGGUCUAAGCGCCGAGUUUUCAAAUGUGAAGAAAGCAGCCACAAUAGACUACGAUUUCAUCGUUAAAACAAGCUCGGGGUUAUCAUCACAACUGAUCGAAAUUCGAAAAAUAGUGGCGCAAUGUGAUCAUCACACAGGAUCUGCAAAGAAAAUGAUUUUUUUUAUAGAGGGGGCUGAAGAAGAAAUAGAAGCAGUGAAGAAAGAGCAAACAAGAGUGAUGGAACUUGUGAAGAAAACAACAGAUUAUUAUCAGUCAGGGUCCUCAAAUGACAAAGGGAGAAAUCCACUUCAAUUAUUUGUCAUUGUUCGAGAUUUCCUGGGAAUGGUUGAUCAAGUUUGUGUUGAUAUUGCAACAAAUGUUCAGAAGAAAAAACCUGCACCAUCUUCAGCCGGAUCAUCAUCGACCCCAGAAUCACCUAGGAUAUUUAGAUUCCCGAAAUUGCCGGCCAAUUUCCUGUCGGACCAUUCGAAGAGCAGUUCGAGUGACUCAGAUAAUGAAUAA